CUCCAAGAUAGUUAUCUGUCUCAGUCUAUAAAGACACUAGAGCAGUUUCGACAUUAAAAACACAGACUUAAACAAAACUAUCCAUAUCUCUGUUAUUUAUAACUUAAAACUACAUUUCUCCAAAUACUCCCUUAAAUCGAUAAGGACAAUAGUCACAUUACGGUACCCAGAUUGGUUUGUUCGUUUAAGCUGUUUUUAUUUUUGGCAAUUGUUUAUGGUGAGAAAAUAACGGCUAUUCAUAUCUGUUUGCUAUUGUCGUUCUGUAAGCUGUUAAAGACUAUUUAAAGCAUAAAAAUGCAGAUUCAAUAAAUUUAUUCCAAAAGGAAAGAAGCUAUUGGUUCUUCCGAGAGAAGAACAAACCCAAGAACAUGGGAUUUGUGAAGGGAAGUUCCAAAGCAUGUCUCUUUAUUGGGAUCUUUUUCUUUCUAAAUUGCAGUUUUCACGUCUUUGCUCAAGAAAGCGGUAAUGAGGAGAUAAAGAGUUAUAUAGUUUAUUUAGGCGAGAGGCAACACGAUGAUCCUGAGUUGGUCUCUGAAUCACAUCACAGGAUGUUGGAAUCGGUUUUCGAAAGCCCGGAAGCUGCUCGAGCGUCCAUCAUCUACAACUAUCACCAUGGAUUUUCAGGGUUUGCAGCCAGGCUUACAAAGUCACAAGCUAAGAAGCUUUCAGACCGUCCUGACGUUUUCACUGUCGCACGUGAUAGAAAGAUUCAGUUGCUAGGCACGAGGAUUAACGACUAUUUGCGUAUUUCCCCAGUCUUGCCCAAAGGACUUCUCCAAGACAGCGACAUGGGAAGUGAACUUGUCAUGGGUUUUCUUGACACAGGAGUAUGGCCCGAGUCUCCUGCCUAUUACGACGAAGGGCUCGGACCAAUACCUAAACAUUGGAAAGGGAAGUGUGUAGCCGGAGAUCAAUUUGACCCCGAGAAGCAUUGCAACCGGAAGUUAGUAGGAGCAAAGUACUUCUUUGAUGGAUGGAAUGAGACUCUCAAUGGGAAAAUACUCGCCGAGGACGAAUAUUUGUCCCCUAGAGGUAUCCUAUCACACGGAACGGUAUGCUCAUCAAUUGGAGCGUCUUCAUUCGUGCGCAACGCGUCAUACGGUGGUCUUGCAAGUGGAGUCUUCAGAGGCACUGCUCCAAAGGCUCGUAUAGCUAUGUACAAGGUUAGCUGGGGUAUAUCACCUGCUGGUUCUGGCGUUGUGGAUUGUGUCAGGGCAUUUGAUGAGGCCAUCAAAGACGGCGUUGAUGUAUUGUCGGUUUCACUCGCCCCAGGUGGGCCUCCUUAUCUUUCAUUCACCAGUAUUGGAGAAGAUCUUGAGCUUGGAUCGUUCCACGCGGUGAUGAAGGGAAUUCCGGUUAUAACUGGUUCUGCUAAUCAAGGCAGCGACGCUUACGGUACGUCUAAUAUAGCUCCAUGGUUGUUCACUGUCGGUGCAACUAGCAUGGACCGUACCAUGUAUGUAGACAUGACUCUUGGAAACAACGUAACCCUAAUGGGUCAAUCUAUGUAUUUAGGCGACACAGUAACUGCUGAGUUAGUUUACCUCGAAGACUGGGAAACAACCACUGUUGACGUGCAGGGAAAAAUUAUCCUAGCAUUUCUGACAGAAGAUAAUGACAUGAGCAACGUUAUGACGAAGUUCAUGUCCAUAGCAGGGAUGAUCAUUGCACGAAGUUCUGAUUAUUUUGUUGAAAUGAUGCUUCAAUCUCCAGCCGCCGCCGUAGACUAUGAAGUCGGGACUAAGAUUCUACAGUACAUCCGCUCGACGAGUUCACCCACGAUUACAAUAAGCCAUGGCAAAACGCUCCUGGGACGUCCUAAAGCGACUACAGUUGCAGGAUUCUCAUGUAGAGGCCCUAAUUCAGUCUCUCCAGCAAUUCUCAAGCCUGAUAUUGUAGCCCCCGGUGUGAUUCUUCUAGGAGCAGGCGUGAGAGACAAACCCGAUAGAUUCGGAGACUUCACCAUAGUUCAAGGAACAUCCCUUUCCACUCCCAUUGUUGCAGGAGUCGUCACGCUACUUAAAGCAUUACACCCUGACUGGUCUCCUGCUGCCCUAAAAUCCGCUAUCAUGACUACAGCGUGGAAGACCGAUCCAUCCGGGGAUCCGAUUUUCGCGGAAGGAUCACCACGAAAACUGGCUGAUCCAUUUGACUACGGAGCAGGACUCGUGAACGCAGAAAGAGCCAAAGAUCCAGGACUAGUUUACGACUUGAACCUCGAUGAUUACAUCCACUAUUUCUGCGCCUCUGGUUACAACGACACAGCAAUCACUGUACUCACCGGAAAGCAAACAAAAUGCUCGUCUCCUUUACCAUCUAUGCUCGACUUUAACUAUCCGGCAAUCACGAUUCCGGACCUCGAAAAAGAAGUAAACCUCACGAGAACGGUGACUAACGUUGGCCCUGUGGAUUCCGUUUAUAGAGCCGUGAUCGAGCCUCCACAAGGGAUAAAAAUUGUUGUUGAACCGGAGACUCUGGUGUUUAACUCGAGCACGAAGAAACUUGGGUUUAGAGUUAGGGUUUCGACGAGUCACAAGAGUAACACUGUUUACUUCUUUGGUAGCUUCACUUGGACUGAUGGGACUCGUAAUGUUACCAUUCCGCUGUCUGUAAGGACUCGUGUUUUGAAGUAUUGAAAAAGAAAUUCCUCAAAUUCGUCAUAAAAUGCUAUUUCUUUUGUUAAUUCUCCUUUUUAUAUAUAUAACAAUAAUAGAAAAUUUGUAAUUUUAUUCUCUGUGUUCGACUCUAACUGAAAUCACACCAAUAAUAGCAAACUGAGAUUGAGAUUCUCUCAUUCUAUCUCCAGAAACAGAC